ACAUGCUGGUCAGUUCAUUUCAUUUCUGUGCAACAUGCCGGUUGACACCAAACGUGUACGCGGCCCAGAAGUGUCUCAGAGCCCGUCUCUGUUUCUGGGCAGACCGGUGGCGGUGCUCCCUUCUUCCGGGCCCAGAGCGGAUGGUCGGCAGCGGGACCAGGUGGACGUCCGGCCGGUGUUUGUGCGCUGCGGCCUGGUGAGCCAAGCUAAAGGCUCCGCGUACAUCGAGGCUGGAAACACCAAGCUGAUGUGCUGCGUUUACGGCCCCAGAGAAACGGAGCGGAAAGAUGAGACAGAUAUGAAAUGUGGAAGACUGACUACAGACAUGCGCUUUGCUCCGUUCUCCUGCCCAGAGAGGGGCUCCUGGAUCCAGGGGAGCCAGGACAAGGACUUCUCCCUGAUGCUUCAUGAGAGUCUGCAGCCUGCUGUGUGCCUCCACAAAUACCCCCGCAGUCAGAUCGAGGUCAACGUGAUGGUUCUGGAGAACAGCGGUUCAGUCCUGGCCCACGCCAUCACAUGCGCCUCUCUAGCGCUUGCAGACGCGGGGAUUGAAAUGUACGACCUGGUGCUGGGAUGUUCUAUCCGCCAGGACGGAGCCUCUUAUGUGGUCGACCCUUCUUACAUGGAGGAAAACUACAGCAGCUCGGCCAGCAGCGAGAACCAGGGAGGUCUGACUGUCGCGUUCCUCCCCAGCCUCAACCAGAUCUCUGGGCUGCAGUCAGACGGAGAAAUGACUGAAGAGAUUCUGACUGCUGGAGUUCGGACCUGCAUUGAGGGAUGCUAUAAACUGUACCCAGUCAUUCAACAAGCUCUGGCCAAGGCUGUACGCAAAGCAGCUCCGCCACCAUCAGAGAGCUGAGAGACACAAUAACUAUUCACUUAAUAGUUUUUCCUGCUUAUGAAUUCCAGCUCUUAAUUUUCCAACAUGACCUAUUUUUUUAUGUUUGCUAUUACGCUCUGUAAAUUAAAAUGUUGACUGAUUUUCUAA